AUGGUAAGAAAAAAUUCAGGUAAAUGGCGCUUGUGCGUCGACUUUACAAACCUCAACAAGGCAUGUCCAAAAGAUGCCUACCCUCUGCCAUAUAUUAACAAGCUUGUAGACAAUGCGUCAGGUUUCAAAAGCUUAAGCUUCAUGGAUGCAUAUUCUAGUUACAACCAGAUCCUUAUGCAUCCAGAAGACCAGAGCAAAACAGCCUUUAUAACUGAGCAUGGAAAUUUUUGUUAUAGAGUAAUGCCAUUUGGUCUAAAGAAUACAGGUGCAACAUACCAGCGACUAAUGGACAAGAGCCACACAGUUAUUGUAAGGACAAAUCAACCGCUAAGACAAAUAUUAACUAAGCCAGAGCUGGCAGGAAGGUUGACCAAGUGGUCUAUUGAACUUUCUGAGUUUGAUAUCCAGUUCCAAUCAAGGUCGGCUUUAAAGUCACAAAUCCUGGCAGACUUCGUUUCUGAACUCACACCUGACGAGCACCAACACAGCCAAACUUGGGAAUUACAUGUGGACGGAGCAUUAAACCGAGAAGGAAGCGGAGGCGGGAUAGUACUAAAGGAAGGAGACACAGUGAUGACUGAGCAAUCUUUACAAUUUCACUUCUCGACAAGCAACAAUCAAGCCAAAUACGAGGUGCUCAUAGCAGGACUUAAGCUCACCCUCAGCCUUCAAGAGAAUUCCAGAGAAAAGAACAUUAGAGCAGACAUAUUAUCUAAACUUGCAGUCACUAGGGCUAGUACACAAACAUCGGCACUAUCACAACUUACACUAAAAAAACCCAGCAUUGAGUCACUAUGCAUAAUGAGCAUCACUCACACAGAUGAUUGGAGAAUACCCUAUCUUGAAUAUAUUAAUACUAGUAUUAUUCUCAGAUAUGAGACUAACCCUCAAAAUUUCAAACGAAAGGCAAGUCUCUUUACAACUGUCGCAGGAGAACUAUACAGGCGAGGGUUCUCACAUCCAUUGCUGAAAUGCCUCAGCAAAAACGAAGCAAAUAAAGUCAUGAACAAGAUCCAUGAAAGUGUAUGUGGAAACCAUAUAGGAGGACGAGCUCUGGCAGCAAAGAUUAUCCGAACAGGAUAUUACUGGCUGACCAUGAAGAGGGACUGCAUCACGAAAGUAAAAACCUGCGACAACUGUCAAAAGCAUGCCACUAUCUCAAUGAGGCCCGCCGAGGUAAUGCACAGUAUGGAGAUAGAAGCACAGCCACUAGCAAGAGUAACGGCUGAGAAGGUACGAUCUUUCAUAUGGAAAAAUAUUAUAUGUCGGUUUGGAAUACCAAAGGAGAUAAUAUCGAAUAACGGUAGACAAUUUACAGAUAACAAACUGGCAUCAUUUUUGAAAAGUUUUAACAUACAACAUCAUUUUAGCUCGGUCAAACACCCACAAACCAAUGGGCAGGCCGAGGCUGCUAAUCGAGUAAUAUUGCAGGCAAUGAGAAAAAAGCUCAGUGAUGCGAAAGGAGAAUGGGUAAAAUUGAUCCCAGAAAUAUUAUGGAGCUAUAAUACGACAAUACAGUCUAUCACAGGCGAAACACCGUUCAAACUAGUCUACGAAUCAGAAGCAUUAAUUCCAAUUGAAGUUGGCGUUCCUACCCUCAGAACCAAACUAUACAAUCAGCAACACAAUGCCAGCAUAGGAAACACCGAGCUUGAUCUUGCCGAGGAAGACCGAGAUAUCGCCGUUAUCAAGCAAAGUGCCAUGAAGCAGAUUAUUGAAAGAAGGCACAACAAAAAGGUAGUAUCGAGAACACUCGAUGUCGGAAACCUCAUCCUCAGAUGA